AUGGCCUUUGAACUGGAGGCUGGUGGUAGAAAGAGUUCUUCGUCUUCGGCCUUGCACCUCAAUUUCCCGCCCUCGGCAGGUGCAGGAGUUUUGAACUCGCGCUCUUUAUCCGGUGUACAAGUUCACCCUGUCGCUUUAUUUUCCAUCUUGGACCAUUACUUACGCAGAUCCGAUCAAGAAUCAGAAGAAGAUGGUGAAACAGAGAAAGUAGAAGGUGAAAAUGCACCUUCUAAAACCCGUGUGAUCGGAACAUUGUUGGGAACAAGAAAUGGCACAGAGGUUGAAAUCAGAAGCUGCUUUGCUGUUCCCCAUCUUGAAACCAGCGAACAAGUUCAAGUCGAUAUGGAUUUCCACCAAAAGAUGUACGAACUACAUCAUCGUGUCAACCCUGAAGAAGUCAUCGUCGGAUGGUAUGCCACAGACCCAAAACUAAACAUGUACACAUCUCUCAUUCAAGAUUUCUAUUCACGCGAAACUGCUCCCCAUCAAGCCAUUCAUCUUACAGUUGACCCAGACGUACGUUCGGAUAUGGGCGUAAAGGCAUACGUAAGCGCACCUGUUGGAUUGAGUGUGAAACCCGAAAAUGCAGCCUUUGUUCCUCUAUCGGUCAACCUAUUAUCAGCACCCUCAGAACGUCCUUCUUUGGCAUUGAUGGCACGCGCACAAGGCGGUUUACAAGGCACAACAGUUGCAGGUGGAAGUGGUGUGAUGUUGAACGAUAUGGACGCUUUGUCCGCCUCUUUGGAAUCCGUUCAAGCACAACUACGUAGAGUUUUGCAAUACGUUCGUGAAGUAUUGGAUGGUAAACGAAAGGGUGACCCAAUCGUUGGUAGAUAUGUGAUCGAUGCCGUCUCUACUGUUCCAAUCGCUGCUACUGUUGAUAAGAGUGGAGCAACUACAGGUGCUUCUGAUUUGGAGACAUUGUUCAACAGUCAUCUCCAAGACGUUUUGAUGGUAUCGUAUUUGGCAAACGUCGUUCGCUCUCAGGCAGAAAUUGCUGGUCGUCUUACACUCUUGACGUAAGCGUGAAAGUGUUUUUCUCUGCUGCAAGUGCAAAUCGUUUCCUCACUUUCUUUUUGUACCAAUAGAAAUCCCCAAAAUGAAAUAGCAUACUUCAAUGCAUACAUACACAGCUGUUCUGCGAGAUAUAUAGAUUGCUAAUUGAU